GCAGCAUUGAAAUUGCAUUUUAAACGGUGCUGUUUGGAUUGCGGUUUUUCUGUGUGAUUAAGGGCUAAACAAGAAGAAGGGCUAAAGAACACUUUCACCCUGUGAUGCUUCUCUACACGUGAGAUUACCUGGCAGCAGCCCUUUCCAGGAGAAGUUGGACUGCAACCUGAAGCCUUCUUAUAAUAUUAAUAAUAGCUUGUGUCUUAUUAAAAGAAAAAGUGAACCCUCCAGUCAAACUUGAGCAAAGCAGGGAAGGAUUUGAUGACUUUUACCUCCAGUCUACCAGAUCAACGCAUUUCUUUCCAGCUAGCAUUUCUUUAACCCCCAAGCCUUAAAUGUCCUUACUUAGAUACUCCCAGGUGGAAAACUUUAAAGAAGCUGCUACAAACGGAGCCACGGAGGAAUUCCUCCCCGGUGUAAACUGUUGCGCUGCUGAAGGACAGCUAAGCUACAGCAAACUUCCACACUUCUCUCUAUUUGAGGACUGAGUUUCCCUUUUACACUGAACUGCGACCUGUCUCUUUACACCUCUGUUUCAGUCCUUUCCCUCUGAUACCUUCUUCCAUAUCUGUGCCUCUCUUUCUCAUAACUUCACUCCUGUUUUUCCAGUUGUCUCUCUUGACUUGUUUUUCUUGCUCUCUACAUUUCUGGGGGCUUCUGUCCCACUCCUUGCUGCCACACUGGAUUUCUUGCAAAUGAAGCACCUGAAGAGGAAGAGGAAGAGCAACUACAGCGUGAGGGAAACACAAACUCUCAUCAGGGAGAUCCACAAGAGGAGAGACGUAUUGUUCUCCAGACAACAGAACACAGCCAUUAAUGAGCUGAAGAGGCAAGCAUGGGAGGAAGUGGCACAAGGUGUGAAUGCCCUGGGAGAGGGGGAGCUACGCACUGCUGCCGAGGUGAAGCGUCGUUACCUCGACUGGCGUGCGCUUACGAAGAAAAAACAGUUGCAGACUGAACUCUCUCUCUCUUCCUCGCCCCCCUCUUUGGCCAUUAAGACUGAGUAUGGAAAUUCCUCUCCAGAGCACGAGGCGCCUUCUUUGGGAUCUGGUUGUGACCAGCUGCUUGACCUCUCAGGCUUCCCAAAGGACUGGCACUGUGACUGGCCGGAGAUGGUGGCUCUCAGCGGGUCGAGCGGGCAGGCCGUGGGGGCACUGCCGGGAGUAAAGAUGGAGGACGAUCUGGACGGGGAUGUGGGAGAUGGAGAAAUGGAUGAUGAUGAUAUUCCCUCUCUCCUUUGUGACAUCGAGGCACGUGUAGAGGGGCAUGAUACUGAUGUUUAUUCCCACAAUGACUUGGGCAUGCCCAGCCCCUCCAAGGAUCCGACUUCCACCACCAGCAGAAAUCUACUGCUGCCCGGUGGCCUGAUGGGAAUGCUGGGUGAACUCAGCAGUGACGAGAACAUAGGAGCAGGGUGUCUGGUUGCUGUUGAGAAACAUCGUCUGGAGCUAGAGAAACAAAGGCUGGCUGUGGAGACUGAACGCCUGGUGGUGGAGAAAGAGCGGCUAUUGGUGGAGAAAGAGCGACUUCGUCAGACAGAGGUGGAGAGAGAGCGGCUGCAAAUAGAGAAGGAGAGGUUACAUGUGGAGAGAGAGAGGCUGAGACUCAUGCGUGUUGGCCAAUCAGAGUACGUCAACUCUUCUUUUAACCUGCCGCCGCAACAAGGCCCAGUCCUUUCCUCUCGUUUGUCCUUAUCCUCAACUCAUGAUGGACAGAGGGAGAAGGGAGUGUCGGCGGCGGACUUGGAGGCAGCGAAGUUAAAUCUGGAGAAGGAGAGACUGCAGCUGGAGAAGGAGAGACUGCAGUUCAUCAAGUUUGAGGCUGGCAGGCUGCAGAUUGAGAGAGAGCGCCUGCAAGUGGAGAAAGAGAGAAUGCAGCUCCACAAGGACCAUUUGUCAGUAAAAAUCUGAUAAGAGUGAGAAAAAGAGGGUAGAUGAGCAGGGUGAAUAAAUUAGAUGUCUCCAGAUCACUAUUGGUACUAGCAGCAGAUUUUUCACAGACAUACUGUCUACGUUUGGUGCGAGACACUUUAGUGAUCUUUCCUAAAUGGCCAAGAAGAAGCCCGAGAACAGUGCCUUAGGGUGUAAUAUUUGUUCGGCACAAUCAGCGGCCAAAUGCAACAACUGUUGGCUGAUGUUCAGCACUCCAGUUCACAGAAAUGUGCUGUGGAAGAUGUUAAAUAAAUACUGGGCUGUUAGUGCAAUUAAUCUUUAUUGGUGCAGAAAUAUUUAAGUAUAUAUAUGAAAUAGUGCUAUUGUACUAUAACUCCUAUAAACCCUAACCCUUGCCUAUCUAUUACUGAAAAACAAAUAGUUCAGUCACACUACAGUAAGCAUAUGAUGGUAACCUCCUUGCAUCUAGGAAAAAAUGGUGGUUGCGUUAUGAUUACAUUGAAUAUUUUGCAUUUGGUAAACAACUGCAAAUAGCUGCGACGAACUGGUCACAUAGAAGGUAAGUGUGCAACUCCACCUACCUCUGGUUGGCCACUUUUGGUUGCAAGGUGAUUGCUGAUAAUCUGUUUUGGUGGUUUUUUCCUUUGUCUGUGCCUUUAAGUCUUUGCAGGUCCCUGAGUGGAUGAGCUGACGGCUGCCGAUUGGUCCGCGAUCAUGUGGUCGCAUUCAAAAUCCCUCCACCAGCAGUUGUCCCUGGGCAGCCACUGACAGCAGCAGCAGACCUGACCCUGGCCUCCAAAACCUGAGACAUUUGUGCCUGUGACUUUGUGCGACUUUUCUCAGUUCUGUAUAUAGUGUGUACAUUAGUUUUCAUUGUAAAUAGCACAUUGUAAAUAGCACUGGAACAGAAGGGGUGAGCUACCUUAUUGUUUUCCUUGCACUGUUUUCUCCUGUUUAUUUCAGUUAGGGAGCACUUGUGUCAUCGAUCCAUUGAUCCAUCCAUCCAUCUUCUUCUACUUAUUUGAGGCUGGGUUGCAGGGACAGCAGCCUAAGAAGAGAAGCCCAGGCCUACCACACCGAGAUGUUCCCAGGCGAGCUGAGCGAUAUAAUCUCUCCAGUGUGUCUUGGGUCUACCCCGAGGUAUCCUCACGGCAGGACGCCAACACCUUGCCUGGUUGGGUGUAGUGUACAUUGGGUAGCCUCAGCCAAGAGGACUGAUCCCCAGUUACUUCUGUCAUUUUGAAGUUAAAUCACCAUGUUACAGCAACUAAACCACCAAUUGUGGAGGAAUUUUUAUAUUAUAUUUGGACUGUGAAUGUAAGUAGUGAUUGUGAAUUUCUGUUUAAUGUGAAAUUUUGUGUAUGUAGAGGCUCACAGAUUCAGUUUCCACCUGUUUAUGACAGUUAAUCACAGAUUCUGUUAAUUCAGUUAUAAAUUGACAGCAGACUGACUCUGUCCUUUUGCUUUUCUUUUUGCCGUCUUGACGUAUUAAAUUUGUUCUAAUGUCAGUCAGAUGGCACCUGACUGCGUGCAGACAUGGUCCCUGUCAGUCAUUUUAAAGGCAGAAAAAUUGCAUGGUCAUUGCACACGGUCACAAUAAUUUGCGGCGUUCUGCGAUCUCCAACCACCGUUUUCUCUAGUGUGACUGUAACAAAAAGCACACAACUUUUGUUGUACAGAAAAAUUUUAGUUCACAAAAGACAAACACGAUUGACAAUAAUAUUUUAAGUUGAUAUCUCACCUUUUCACAGGCUUUUAGAUACUAAUAUCACUACCACUGAUCCAACACGAGUCACACCACAACCCUGAUACUGAGAAACCUAAAUGGAAUUCAGCUAUUGCUGAUUUUAUA